GCUGGCAAGCAUCUCACCGCCUGUCUGCCGAAACUGUCUGGGGGCAGCUUGUAGCUAAACGCAGCUGCUUAGUCACCCUCCUCUCGGGGCAGUCUGAGUCAUUGGGCCUGCGGCCUCCCGUGCCCUUUUUUCCUUCCCUCAGAACAAGCCCCAGAAGGCAGGGCGUCCUCCCUAACUCAGCUUCCAUCUAUUGCCCAUCGCAUUGCGGCUCUUCUGGCCCUUGGCUCCACUUCUGGGGUGCUGGCAGGAGGAGAGAGGGGCCCGGGGACUCCCCAGGCAGAGAUUCACGGACCGUAAAUCAUCCGGGAACCCACUCAAGAGUUCAGAAAUCAUGGCCAAUUUAGAACUUGGCGGGGACUGUUUGGGAAGUUCCUGCUGAUGCUUUUUGAUUUCAGGAAGGGAGUGGGUGGGUGUUACACUUUAUAUAUUCGAUUUUAAUUGGUUUUAAAUUUUAUAAAUCUAUGUGUUUUAAUAUGGCUGCACACCGCCCUGAGUCCUUCGGGAGAAGGGUGGUAUAGAAAUCUAAUAAACUUCAAACUUCAAACAUGCCUUUUGUUUCCCUUGCUGCCGGAAUGGCCCUCUGAGCUCACCUUGGAGCACACGGGCUCUCCUGCCCUGCAGCCUCUGCUCUCGGCCUCUCCUAAGAGUUCUCUUGACCUGCAGCAAGCAGCACCCUCCAACACCCCCCCCCCCCCCGUUGUCUGUCCCCUCCCCAGAGACCGUGUGAGUAGCUGCCUGCCCAUUUUUGUGGCUAGCCUGUUGGGAUGGCAAGGAUCAUGAGAGGCCGCCGUUGUUCCUGGCCAGGAUGUUUUGGGAGGAAGUGGUUGCAGCCCCUUCCAGCAAUUGGCCCUCCUGAUCUUGGUUCUGCACCCCCUACAGCUGGCCUAGACCUUGGGAGGGAAAGGUGUCUCCUCACUUCCGUCCUGUGGCCAAGAUCCCUACAAGCCGCAGCAGGAGGCCUCUGGGGACCCCGUCCGUCUUGGUGCUUGCAAACAGACGGCUUGGAUCCUCUUCCUCCUCUUGGGCUGCGUCCGGCGUUUCCACUCCCAGCCUCGGGGCAUGGCUGCUGAGAGGACAGAGAGAGCCGGCGGGGAGAAAGAGAGAGCCAAGAACAAGGAGGUGGAGGAGGAGACUAAUGUGUUCCUGCCCUGGGAAGACAACUGGAGACCCUGGCCAAAAGCCCGGCGCAAGGUGCACGGUUGCCUGGAGUGCCUCAAGCGGCAGCUCUUCCGAGUUGGGGACGAUUGGUAUUACCUCUUUGCCCUGGGCGUCAUCAUGGCGCUGGUCAGCUUCGCCAUGGACUUCACCGUCUCCAGGGUUGCCAGCGCGCACCUGUGGCUUUACCAAGAGGUUGGAGACUACCCGGUGCUGAAGUUCCUCUCCUGGACCAUGUACCCGGUCGCACUCUCGGCUUUUUCCACGGGCUUUGCCCAAAGCAUUACCCAGCACGCUGGAGGCUCCGGCAUCCCCGAACUCAAGACCAUCCUGACCGGCGUCAUCCUGGAGGAGUACUUGGCCAUCGAGAACUUUGGGGCCAAAGUCGUGGGGCUGACCUGCACACUCGCCUGCGGGAGCACCAUCUUCCUCGGAAAAGUGGGACCCUUUGUUCACCUCUCCAGCAUGAUCGCCGCCUACCUGGGCAAGAUCCGGACCAGCGUUUCUGGGGAGUACGAGAAUAAAAUCAAGCAGAACGAGAUGCUGGUGGCAGGAGCGGCCGUGGGCGUGGCAACCGUCUUUGGGGCGCCUAUCAGUGGAGUCCUCUUCAGCAUCGAGGUCGUGUCCUCCCACUUUGCUGUCCGGGAUUACUGGAGGGGCUUCUUCUCGGCAACUUGCGGCGCCUUUAUGUUCCGCUUGUUGGCUGUUUUCAAUAGUGAACAAGAAACCAUCAUAGCUCUCUUCAAGACCAGCUUUAAAAUUGAUUUCCCCUUUGACCUGCCGGAGACCAUUUUCUUCACAUUCCUCGGCGUGAUCUGCGGCGUGCUGAGCUGUGCGUACCUCUUCUGCCAGCGCUGGUUCCUGGGCUACGUCCGGAGGAACCCCUUCACGGCCAGGCUGCUGGCCACUGAGAAGCCCCUCUACUCGGUGCUGGUGGCCUUCCUGCUGUCCUCCAUCACCUUCCCUCAUAGCCUGGGACGAUUCAUGGCCUCCAGGCUGAGCAUGAAGGAGCUGCUCACCUCCUUGCUUGAUAACCGCACCUGGAGUGUCCUUUCCCAGAACGUUUCGCUUGACAGGCCUCCCCAGGUGGACCCCCUCAACCUGUGGGAGGAGUGGUGGCACCCCGACAUCACCUUCUUCGGCACCCUGUCUGUCUUCCUGGUGAUGAAGUUCUGGAUGCUGGUCUUGGCCACCACCAUGCCUAUGCCCGCUGGGUACUUCAUGCCCGUCUUCGUUUACGGAGCUGCCAUCGGGCGCUUGGUGGGUGAAGCCGCAGCCUUCCUCUUCCCCAUGGGCAUCACCGGUGAGGGCCCUCCCAGCCCCAUUAUCCCUGGGGCAUAUGCGCUGGCAGGGGCCGCUGCCUUCUCUGGCUCGGUCACCCACACCCUCUCCACCGCCUUGCUGGCCUUUGAGAUGACCGGGCAAAUCGCCCACAUCCUCCCUGUCCUGCUGGCCGUCCUGGUGGCCAACGCCAUUGCCCAGAAGUUCCAGCCUUCCUUCUACGAUGGCACCAUCAUUGUCAAGAAGCUACCGUAUCUUCCCCGCAUCCGGAGCAGGCAUAUCGAGUCCUACAUGGUCACCACCCAGGAGUUCAUGAACACCGAUUUCGUCAUCCUGUCCCAGGAAGCCACCUUUCACGACAUCCUCCAGGUGGUCACCACGACGGAUGCCCAGGAGUAUCCCGUGGUAGACAAUGCUGAGUCUCAGAUGCUGCUGGGAGCGAUCCAGCGGUCCAGUCUCAUUCAGUUUCUCCAGAGCCAUGAAGACUCCAGUCUGCCACAGGAAGAGCCGGGGAAAGAGGUAGGUCUGAUUCCCGACAGGCUCCUCUCGGGCCAGACUUUGAAAGAAGGCUGCACCAUCAGUCCUGUGAGUCUGCAGCUCUCCCCAUGGACAUCCCUGCACCAGGCCCACAACCUCUUUGAGAUGCUGAACCUGCAGCGGGCUUUUGUCACCCAGCUGGGGAAAGUGGUGGGGAUCGUGACCAGGAAGGAGCUCAGGAAAGCCAUUGAAGAGCUGGCCAAUCCCAAGGCCGGGCGAUAGCGGAAGCCCGUGGAGACGUGAAGCCGAGGUGUACCCGAGACCAUCCUGGCUGUGGUUUUCAGUAACAGGCCUUUAAAUUAUGCUUCGCCCUGUAAGAUUUGUCACAUUCUCGUUACCGUUUUGGCUUUUUGUCUGCAUGUUUAGCUACCCACUGGAUUGUAUGUCACUUCAAUGUAUUAUUUGUCAAUGCCCUGA